AUGUUAUUUAACGUUGCAGGUUCCUCCGCCAGUGUUCCUGUUAUUCCUUCAUCUGAUCUUCCGACGGUUGAGGAAGUGAGAGGAUUUAAUGCCGAAGAACUUAAUGGCUUUUUGAAAAGGAGGUUAAACGGUAUCGAUAAUUACAUAGAUACCUUAACUGCUCAAGAAGUUGAUGGUUCAACAUUCCUUGAUUUUACCGCGACAGACUUUGAAAGAUGGGGAAUACCAGGCGGUCCAUCUAAAAGAAUCGUAAAGUUAAUUAAAAACGUACAAGGGGAAUUAAAGAGACAUAUUGAUGAAAUUGCUGAUAAAAUUAAUCGUGAAUUGAAGAGUGAAUUGAAUCGUGAAUUUAAGAAGAUACGUUUUGCUGCGGAUGCAUGGUACAGUACUAUAGGUACUCUUACAAAAACCGAAAAGGGUAAAUUUGUGAAAGAAAGAGGUGUUGAAAUUCUGUUUCCGCUUGGUUUGACCGAAAGUUUCAUAUCAAAGUCACCUGGAAAGUUUUUACAACCGCCUAAUAUGGACAAGAACGCAAAUCCAAAAGAAGAAAAAGUACAAGAUUACUUUAUGAAUGAAUGCAAGGCACUAGAAAAUUAUGCAAACAUACAAAACAAACUUAUU